AUGUCCCUGUCACAGAUCUUCCUGUGGAGCCUGAAGGACAAUGUGAAAAUCUUGGUGGCCAAUGAGGCAUCAGUGGCCACCAAGAGGUGUCAGUGGCCACCAAGGGAGGUUUCAGUGGCCACCAAGGAUGUUUCAGUGGCCACCGUGUCCCUGUCGCAGAUCUUCCUGUGGAGCCUGAAGGACAACAUCUUCCUGUGGAGCCUGAAGGACAACGAGCUGACGGGGAUGGCGUUCAUCGACACGCAGCUCUACAUCCACCAGAUGAUCAGCGUCAAGAGCUUCAUCCUCGCCGCCGACCUCAUGAAGAGCAUCUCGCUGCUGCGCUACCAGGAGGAGAGCAAGACGCUGUCCCUCGUCAGCCGGGUGGGCUACCGAACUGACCCUGGGGCUAGGCUACCAAACUGUCACUGGGGCUACCAGGAGGAGAGCAAGACGCUGUCCCUCGUCAGCCGGGACGCGAAGCCGCUCGAGGUGUACAGCGUGGAUUUCAUGGUGGACGGGUCCCAGCUCGGCUUCCUGGUGUCCGACCGCGACCGGAACCUGUUGGUCUACAUGUACCUGCCCGAAGCCAAGGAGUCCUUCGGGGGGCUGCGGCUGUUGCGCCGCGCCGAUUUCCACGUGGGCGCCCACGUCAACACCUUCUGGCGCACACCGUGCCGCGGCCACGCCGAGGGACCCAACCGGCGCUCCAGCACCUGGGAGAACAAGCACAUCACCUGGUUCGCCACACUGGACGGGGGUCUGGGGCUGCUGCUGCCGAUGCAGGAGAAAACCUACAGGAGAUUGCUGAUGCUGCAAAACGCGCUGAGCUCCGCCCUGCCACACCUGGCUGGGCUCAACCCACGGGCGUUCAGGUAAAUCACACCUGGGGACACCUGGACACACCU